AGUCAGCAGCUUCACUUCCAGCGCAGUCAGAGUGUUAUCAUCCAUCCUACAGGAGUCCCGCGCCGCUGCAGCCAGCAUGUCAAACUCGGACAGGGUUGUGUUAGCUCUAGGAGGAGCGGGGACAGUGGGCUCUGCGAUAGUUAAAGCACUGCUGGAUAAAGGUUUUAAAGUGGCAGUGAUCUCCAGGGACAGUAGACGGUUGGAGAGACUCCGAUCAUUCAUCUCCCCCAACACAAAGGAUAACCUCAUCACUAUAGAGGGGAAUGUGGGGUCAGAGGAGGGAGCAGAGCUGGCAAAGCAGGCCCUGCUGAAGGAUGCGGGGAAGGUGACUGACAUUGUUUCCUCUUUAGGCUUCAGCUGGUGGCAGGGAGGUCCCCCACACACCCAGUCUCUCAAAGACCUGCACUGGGUAAUUGAGACAUUACUUUUUAGCACAUUUGUGUCAUGGAAGGCCUUCUUCCCUUUGGUGAGGGAUGACGCCGACUGUACCUACACCUUCAUAACAGGAGGAGCAGGAGAAAAGUUGCUGAUGCCUGGUACAGGCUUCCUGACAGUGGGAGCUGCCAGCACCCUGGCCUUCUGCCAGGUACUCCGAGAGGAGUACCCUGAGGUUCCCUGUAAACUGAACCAGGUGAAGAUCGACACAGGUGUAGCCACUCCAGAGCGCAUGGCACCUGGUUACCUAAACCACCUGGAUCUGGGCGAAGCUGUUGCCACCCUUGUGGAAAGGCGAGACACUUCCCAUACCAUCUUCAAUGUCAACUGCCCUGCAGACUUAAAAACUGUCCUUCUGGAGAGGAACAUUUAGACUUGGAAACCCUUCCUCCAGCCCUACCUUGUUGUUACAGGGACACAAUUACCCUUCUUCUACCCCUGCUCAUUCUGAACUCUCCAGUAACACAUUUACAGUGUCCUUGGUCCAAUUGUUUUCUUCCCACACAACUCUGAACCCAAUCCUUGCACAAGUUUAUGUGAAUUGUAUAUUGAUUGUUCUUUGAUCAUUAGCAUCUGUUUUCUCUGCAUGUGAUGUUGUGUGAUGUUUGUAAAAAAAAAACAACCCACAAACACAGGGUUUAUAAUACCCACCUUCUCAUUGUUGCCUGCUUCCAUACAAAUAUUAUCAAACAUUUGUGUACUGACUUAUGCAUUGUUGGAAGACAUGAUAGUCAAAUAUAACACAGCAUUUUCUCCCUGGAUCUGCUAAAUAUUCGUGGUAUAAAACUAGACUUCUUGAGGCCAAACCAUUGGCGAGAGCAGGUGAAGAUUGAGGCGCAGGUCGGAGGAAUUUAUGACUAGAUAUAGAGAAGUUAGCCAAGCUCCCCACUGCCUUUUUAACAACUGGCCAAAACUGAAGAGAGUAUUCGGUUGUAGAUUAUCUGAUUGUAUGUAUCUACAAAUCAUGAUUUAUAGAUAUAGGUAUAGAGUUUUUGACCAUUUGCUGCGCUAUAGAUGCCCAUUUUGUUCUGUAUUAGCAUGCACAAGAGGACGCACAUUUAAACAAUGUAUGGCAAUGACCAUGCUUUAUGCUAUUCCACUGAUUGACAGGUGGCGGUAACUGCUAAGAAACAUAGCCAUUCGCAAGCAAAAAGCAAGGAUUAGGACUGCUAGCUAGCAAACAUAUAUGUAAAUAAUGCAGGUUUUUAAGACCUUGACAAAAAUAUUUUAUGAGAAGGAAAUAAAUGCAUAGAGGAUAUAAAUGCAACAUGUUGAAGACUGGAGGUAAUACAACUCUUACACUUGAUGACCUGAGAUGUUCAGGAAUUUGAGACAGUCUUACAAAGUCUUAAAAAGUUGGGGAUGUUGCAUCUUGAGGCACUUCUAGAUUUAAGACUGAGAUAUUAACAACCUUCUAUGUUGGGGACAUUGAUAUGCUGGAGAAAUUAUGUGUUGUAAAAACAGGACAGGUGAAUUAAUGUCACAUCCUGUGAUCAUUAAGAGGUUCAAUAUGAUUGAAAACAAACUAAUUCAUACUAGGUGUCAUCUAACCACAGCUACAGAGGAAUGUGUUUAUACUUGGUCCAAACGGCCACAUUGGAAGCCUGCCAUCACAGCCUCCAGUGGCUGAAUUCUAUAAAUUAGGAUGACUGUGUACAGUCUCUUGAAGACAUUCAUGGUGCUGCACUUGGUUGUGCAAGUAAAACCUGACUGAAGUAAUUGUGUGAAGAAUGAAAAAAUGGAAAGCUUUAGUGAAUACUUUUUUCAAUGCACACCGUUUUUUCACACCAUUUCAGAUGCAUUUAGUCAAUUUGACAAGCACUUUGUUUGAAGCACACUUACUCCUUAAAGGUCUGGGCAUGCUUGAAAUGAACAAGUUCUAACAACAAUUUAACAAGAGCUCAAAGUCCACCUCCUUUCUCACCUCCACAUCUGGCCAAUCAUUGCAUAAAGUGGGUAUGAUUGUAAGCUUGUUGGUUUCAGAAAGUUUUAACAACUGUCAAACGCACCACCAACACCAAAUUCCAAUGUCAAAUAGGUGUUGGGGGGGAGGGGUUUUCAGAUACUAUUAGAUGAUCCAAACAUGCAGUUCAUGAGAAGCAUACUGACUCCUUGUGGAUGGAGACUAUGGCUCUGAACAGUAUGUCACUGGCAUGGCAUGAUCAACACAAUGUCAGAACCUGCCUGAUUAUAGAUACAAAGGUUAAACAGCACUGUUUGGUCCAUUUUAGCCCUUUUGUAAUGUUUAAGUAAAAAGUAAAGCUUAAAUAUGCAUUGUUUCGCAUUCAAAUACCAAU